AAUCCUAUAUGAAUGAUCAAGAAUACAUGUUUAGCGCAGAGUUUCACACAUUCAAGAGAAAAUCAUUCUCCGCCAUUUUUUUUGGCAUGGACUUCCGCUUAUAGCAUAGACUUUUUCGAAAUGUUGGCUUCGUCUCAACUGAGGAUUCUUCCUUGGCGCUUCAGCAAAUCGAUUAAUGGGGGACACUCUGAACUUUAGCCUCAUAAAUUGUAUGGGAGAUAUUUUAAAAGCCGAACACAGUGCACAUUGUGCCAGCAUUUAGUCCAUCACAUCACACCAGCAGGGCUAGCAUGGCUAGGCUGUCAUGGACGUCGCGCGUUAACUAUCCUGCAGCCGAAGCGAAGACAAAACCGACGUUUUUGAAACCUUUAGGCUUUACACAUCGAACAUGGCGGUGCUGAAUUGCAUGCAUUUGACUGAGCUCGCAUCUGUGCACACCGAGCUUCAAAGCUAUCCUGAACUAUCGAGCACCCUCCCAGAUGGGUACGAAUAUCACCUGUGUUCCUUCAGCCCCCUGGAAGGAGGCUUUGAUGCAACUGUUCGGGUUGCCUUACAAGACGAGGAGGGAGCAACUGAGUGGCUUGCAGACUACCAAGAACACAGUCGUGUGACAUUGCGGGUGAAAGCAACAAAGCCAGAGAGUGGGCGAGUCAACCUCUUCAAGGUGUACUACAGGUGUCACCACAACACCAUACCCAGAUCUGAAAAGGCAGAUUUGCGGCCAAAAUCAAAGAACACAAAUUGUCCAGCCCAACUCACCAUCACAGUCAAAAGGAACCCUGGAAAACGUAGCCAGGCCAAAGUCAGAGAUCCUCAUCUGCCACUGUUUGCUACUAUAGUACAUAUUAAGCACAUUCACAAUCACCAAAUAGCCUGCCCCGAUGCCUUCAAGUUCCGUGAUGUUUCAAAGGAUGUGAUUGCCAAGUUCACUGAGCUGUACUCCAAGGGAUAUUCGCCCUCAUCGGCCCUGAACACCCACAAGUUGGAUUUGCAGUUGGAACAUGAAAAUGACUACCUCUAUGUAUCUGCUGACCGAGCACAGUGCCCCGAUCUGCAGUUUUGCCAUAGAUUGUACAAGAAAAUGUUUGACAAGGCGUAUGGGGCAGCUUCAGGUGAGAAGAUGAUACAGGACCUUGGAGCUUCUAUCGAGUCAUACAAUGAAGAGCAGGGUCUAGAGUGCUGCAAAAUGGAUCAGGUGAAUGGCAAGAUGGUGAUUGCUGUAUGCACACCCCUUAUGCGAAGGAUCCACUCAAACCAUCGGUGUAGUGGUGAGCUGGUAUUCGUUGAUGCGUCAGCUGGAAUUGAAAAAUAUGACUGUAGACUGUUCAUGAUUCUGACACACAGUGUGGCUGGAGGAUUGCCUCUUGGAUGUUUGAUAACAACAUCCGAGUCUAGAGAGGCUAUUGUUGCAGCACUCAAGUUGUACAAGCAGCUGAUUCCAGAUGAUGGUUUCUAUGGAAGAGGAGACCAAGGCCCAGUUGUUUUCCUCACCGAUGACAGUGACGGCGAGCGCCAGGGUCUUCAAGAAGUGUUCCCCAAUUCAAGCACCAUCUUAUGCGUCUUCCAUCUACUUCAGGCUACUUGGCGGUUUCUGUGGGAAGGGAAAAACAGCAUCUGUGAAGAAGACCGACCCCAUUUGUUGGACUUAGUUAAGGGCAUGGUGUAUGCUGACACAGCUGAACAUCUUGAGGAGAACUAUGACAGAAUGAACAGAGAUGCCAUAGUCAAGAAAUACAGCUGUUUCCUCAAAUACGCGAAACACCUGUACAAUCGGAGACAGCUGUGGGCAGUCUGCUUCAGACGUGACCUACCCCUCGGCGAGAACAACGUGACUAACUACAUGUAUGUGGAGGCCGCGAUGCGAAUCCUCAAGGAUCAAAUCUUUCGGCGUGUGAGGGCUUACAAUCCUGUUCAGCUUUUGGAUUUCGUGUUGACAAGACUGGUCAGUUACUACGAAAGAAGUUUAUGUGAUCUAGCCAAUGGACGAAUUGAUGUGACCAUAUCGAAGAGAUACCUUCCCGGGAAGGGUAGGAUCACUGCGGAGAUGGUGAAUGAGUUGCAGUUCCCUCUCUUUGAGGUUCAAAGCGAGUCCGAACCAGAGAAAAAGUAUCAGGUCGACAUGUCAGUGGCAAUGUGCACAUGCACUGCGGGCCUCAAUGGUGCACCUUGUAAGCAUCAGUAUGCAGUUGUUGAGUUCCGUAAGGUGCAGUCUUUCACUUUUCCUCCCAUCCAUGACGAGAUCAUGCGUCGGAGGUUACUCUUCUUAGCUACUGGGCAGGAAACUGGAGAUAUAAGAAGGCAUGAAGACCGUGGAAAUUCUACACAGGAGUUCAGACUAGAAGAUUUGGAAGCAGGGUUGCACUCCAUGGCAGCAACUCUCACCGACCAAAUGAGGGAAUAUCCAGAGGAACUAGCACCAGCUGUACGCGCCUUCAUCACACAGUUCAAGAACUUAAAAACUCACUCUGCAACAGUUUCAGCCUUGAUGGCAUUUGGAAAGCAACAUGAAGUUGCCCAAUCAUUCAGGUCAUCGACAGCAAGACGUUCUCAGAAAAGGGGUUCCGAUCAGGGUGCAACAAACCACUGUCGCUCAAAGAAGCAGGCGAUGUCUUCAUACUGGUAGAAAAUGUAAAUGAACAGUGCAAGACCAGGGCCAACUUGUCCCCAGAAGGAGACCAAGAUAAGGGCACCACAUACAAGUUAUCUAGCAAAAUGUGUUCAAACAAAUGAAAAUACAUCUAUUCGGGAAAACCAUACGUCUAUAUGGUAAUUUUGCCAUUUUCCUGUGCAGCAAAGUACUAUAGAAGCACUCUACAUGUAUAUGAUCAAUAGCGGUAGUCCUUUUUGAUGCUUGGAUUAAUUUCAACCAAUUUACCACUUCAAGACGCCAUUGCCAGUGUUAAAAUAAAUGAUGUAGUUGUUUUGUUUAAUAACGAAGUAUACAAAUGUAGUUAAAAAAACAACAGGACAAUAUGGUCACAUUAUUAACUUGUGCAAGUGUGGUAUUAAACAUCACUGUUGUCAUGCACUAGUAAAUCCUUGUAAUUUCUUGUAAUUUUUUUAUCAAGUUUGCCUAAUCUCAGUCAGUCUAGUGGCAGAGCAUUUUUGAGAGUUUAUCACUUCAUGCUCACCACAGGCAUUCACUACACUCCUUCCCUCCCUCGCCUGUGAGUUAUUGCAUCAACAUUCAUCGUCAGGAAAUUUAAAUAAUAAUUUAAAUAAAGCUUGGCCAUGCCUGUUCUUCAGAAUUUGUUCUUAUAAAGUUGUGUAAUUUGUUUUAGGAACAUUGUUUUUCUUCUAAUAUCUGUAGUCCCUAUGAUAGCCAAUUCGAACUUGGAGUUAUUUUGUUCUCCUACAUGUAUAGCAACA